AUCACUUCCCCGCUCAGCUGCUGUAGGGAACGCCAGCCAGCUCAGCCCUGAAGCCAUGCCCCUAGGUCUCCUGUGGCUGGGCCUCAGCCUGCUGGCGGCCCUGCACACCCAAGCGCAGGAUUCCACCCCCAACCUGAUCCCAGCCCCACCUCUGUUCAGGGUCCCGCUGCAGCCCAACUUCCAGCCUGACCAGUUCCAGGGGAAGUGGUACAUCGUAGGCUUGGCAGGGAAUGCAUUUAAGAAGGAAAAACAAGGCCAGUUUAAGAUGUACGCCACCACCUACGAGCUGAAAGAAGACCGCAGCUACAAUGUCACCUCCACCCUGCUCAGGGACGAGCGCUGUGACCACUGGAUCAGAACUUUUGUCCCAAGUUCCCGGCCCGGCCAGUUCACCCUGGGCAAUAUUAAGGGCUUCCCCGGGGUGCAGAGCUAUACCGUGCGAGUGGCGACUACCAACUACAACCAGUUUGCCAUAGUGUACUUCAAGAAGGUUUACAAGAACCAGGAGUACUUCAAGACCACCCUCUACGGGAGGACCAAGGAGCUGACCCCUCAACUGAAGGAGAACUUCAUCCACUUCGCCAAAUCCCUGGGCCUCACCGAUGAGUACAUCCUCUUCCCUGUUCCAAUCGACAAGUGCAUCGAUGACCAGUGAGGGUGCAGUGAGUAUGGCUGGGGAGGGGGCUGAUGGGAGCCAGGGUGCAGGCCUGCCUUUGCCCCCCCUGCCCAGGACUGCUGUUGUCUCUACUUCCCCGUCUCCCUCUCAGGUGCCUCCUGUCUCUCUGCUCCCAUCACCCUCCUGUCAGCCUUUGCCCGGCUUGGUGCCCAGCUGUCCCCACCAGUCCAGACACCGGUGACAGGAGAGAGUCCAGAGACCCUUCUCAUGGCACUGCCCACCAGCUGCUCUCCGAAGCCCCACCUUGCCUGCUAAAUAAACACAUGCCCCGGUC